AUGGCCGCCCUCGAUCUGGUGACAUGAAGCCCAGUGUUUAGAAGCAGGAGCCGUGGGCAGAGGUGGGUGAUUCCAUGAUUCAAGCCAUUUUUAUUGAUUUCUUUAAGGUCCCAUAGUUAAAAACAUAAAGUUCCUGAAGAGGUUUGCCUGCAGCCUAGAAAGAUGCAAUUUGCUGCAGAUUUAGAAUGUCUUGGUGUAGCAAAGACAAAGAAACAAUAUUUCUCCCCCAGACCCAAAAUUAUAUUGUUCUAAAAAAGAAGAAUUAUUAGUGUAAGCGUAGAAUGGGCAAUGUACUGGCGCUGCCUUCUUCACAGGGGGCAUGGAGUACACUGAAAAAAAGCAGUUACUGUCCCCAACCCUGGAAGCUUUGAUGAGCUCCAUAAAAAUUGCAAAGAGGUGUUUCCACAGCAGCUGGAAGGAGUGAAAGUAAUUAUCAACAGUCCCCUUAGCAGCCAUUUACAGGUCAGCCAUACUGUUCACAUUAGCACAGCCAGUCAAUCCUGUUACCAUUUCAACACAAAGUAUCUUGGAGAUGAACAAUUGAGUCCUAAGGAGAACUUCCCGACGCUCAUUUGCGAUUUGGACAGUUCUGGGAUCCCGAUUACCCAGGUCCUGUGUCUCCUGGCAGAACGUCUAAAUACCUCACCUGGCAGUUCGAUGGUGAAUACAGAGGGGAUGAUUGCACAGUGUCUAUAACUUUAGGAAAUCCAGACAUCCUCAAUGAAUCCGUGAUUCUGGUCUCACACUUCCUGCAGAGUAUCACAACCUGGCUAGUCCUCGGGGGAGAGCUGGUAUAUCAUAAGAGACGAGGAGAGGAGGGAGCCAUUGUUACUCUAGCUGGGAAGUAUUCUGCACCAAACUGGGAGGCAACAUUAAAUAUUGGAUAUGGUGGAGCACAUGCCAGCUAUUAUCAAAAAGCAAAUGAACAGGUUCAAGUUGGCGUUGAAUUUGAAGCCAAUACAAGAUUUCAGGAGAUGUCCUUUGCAUUUAGUUACCCUUUGAAUACCCCCAAAUCAAAUAUGGUCUUCAAAGCGUCAGUGGACAGUUCCUGGUGUGUAGGGGGGAGUCCUAGAAAAGAAACCAUCUCCUCUACCUGUUACUCUGGCUCUUGGGGCUUUCAUGAAUCAUUGGAAGAAUAUGUUUCAUUGUGGUUUCAAUAUCUCGGUAGGGUGAGCUGGUUCAAGGCAGAUUAG